AAGCUGCAAGUUUAUUCGCUGGAGUUGAUCUGCAGACUGAAUCGGUCCAGUUUCCUAAGUUUGGAGUAGCUGAAACUCUCCUCCGUUCAGUCUCUGUUUAAAAUGGCUGAUGAUCAUGAUUUAACUGGAGCUUCUGAGUUUAUACAAGAUCGUCUCUAUUUUGCCACACUGAGAAGCAAACCGAAGAGCACCGCCAACACACACUACUUCUGCACAGAUGAUGAGUUUGUGUAUGAAAACUUUUAUGCAGAUUUUGGGCCGCUCAACCUCGGCGUGCUGUACAGGUACUGCUGUAAACUCAACAAGAAACUCAAGUCUUUCACACUGACCAGAAAGAGGAUUGUGCACUACACCAGCUUUGACCAGCGCAAGAGGGCUAAUGCUGCUUUCCUAAUCGGCGCCUAUGCUGUGAUUUACCUUAAGAAAACCCCAGAAGAGGCUUACAGGGCUUUAAUCUCCGGCUCCAACGCCUCUUACCUGCCUUUCAGGGAUGCAUCGUUUGGAAACUGCACAUAUAACCUGACGAUUCUUGACUGUUUACAUGGAAUUUGGAAGGCUCUGCAGCACGGCUUCCUGAACUUUGAGACGUUUGAUGUGAUCGAGUACGAGCACUAUGAGCGUGUAGAGAACGGAGAUUUUAACUGGAUCCUCCCGGGAAAGUUCCUGGCCUUCAGCGGACCACACCCGAAGAGUAAAGUAGAAAAUGGCUACCCUCUCCAUGCCCCCGAGGCCUACUUCCCUUAUUUCCGCAAACACAACGUCACCACCGUCGUCCGCCUCAAUAAGAAGAUCUACGAGGCCAAGCGCUUCACCGAUGCCGACUUCGACCACUACGAUCUGUUCUUUGUGGACGGCAGCACGCCCAGUGAUACCAUCAUACGUCGCUUCCUGCAUAUCUGUGAGAAGACUGAUGGUGCUGUAGCUGUUCACUGUAAAGCUGGUUUGGGCAGGACAGGCACUCUGAUCGGCUGCUACCUGAUGAAGCACUACCAGUUCACGGCGGCGGAAACCAUCGCGUGGAUCCGUACAUGCAGGCCUGGCUCGAUCAUCGGCCCCCAGCAACACCUCCUGGAGGAGAAGCAGGCCAGUCUGUGGGCUCAGGGCGACGUGUAUCGCUCUAAGCAGAUGAAAUCCCGGCUGUACCAGGACAGCGGCGUGCCUCGUCUCAUCUCCAGCAUGGACGACAUGACCAUCAGCAGCAGCUUUCUCAAAUCCACCAGUCUGGAGGAGCAGAAUGGUGACUACAGUGAGAAUGGGCUCAGCAUGACUCAAGGAGACAAACUGCGUGCCUUAAAAGGUCGAAGGCAGCCCAGGUCGACACCCUCCACCACGCUCAGACUGACCUCAUCCAGCACCCAAGGCCCAGUGUCACCUCUCAAACCCUCCACCUCUUCAGCCUCUGCUUCAGUCAAGAGAAUCAGCCGAACCUCGUCUUCUUCAACCAACCUCAAGAGCUCCUGUCUAAACUCCAGAUUAACAACCUCCCUGGGCAACCUGUACGACCCUGCUGGAGAUCUGAGCAGCACCGAGAAGCCGUCUUCACCCUCCAACUCAUUCUCAUGUUCCAUCACAUCUCCGUCCUCUCCCACCAUCCGCACGGCUUUUGCCGGCCAUUCGGCUCUGUGUGGCCACAACUACCAGUAUGAGGUCAACAAUAACGACCAGUUUAACUCCUCCGAUGGGCCGAACGCCAACACCAGGAGCCUGGCGUUCAAGAACCGCUACCACAACCAGAACCACAGCAGCCCGGGAGGAGCCUCCAGUUCUGAGAGAUUUGUUCUGGACGAGUCGGGUCAGAAUCAGGUCACUGCAGGGCUGAACCGACCCUCUUCCCGCUACCUGAGCCGCUCCAUUCCAUCCCUUCAGUCGGAGUUUGUUCAGUACUAAAGCGGCGACUCUGAGCUGAACCUGAUGCUGAUGUGUCCUGUCGGUCUUUCUUCUCUGGCUGACCUCUAACCUGCUGCAGGAACUCGAAGGGAAGUGAAUAAAGACUCAGGUGGAGAUGGAGGCCUGGGUUUGGGGGUGUGUUAGCGCUUUGUAAUGGUAUCCACGCUUUGUUAGCGGCCUCGUGUUAUUUCUGAGCUGAGCUGGGACAGGACAGACUGGUGCCUGAAGGAAACCAGCCGGCCGUAUUCGUCUAAUGUUGCUGUUUUCGAUUUACUGCUCUAUAUGAUGAAUAUACAUAGUCGUACUAAAGAGAGGUUAUUUUUAGAAAAGGAUUAUUUUUUUGUACUAUUUUGUCUACACUGUUUUAUCUAGGCUCUAAAUCCUGAGCUCGAUCAACGUGUCGUUGGUUUCUAGUGUACAGGAUACAUUUCUGGUUUGAGGUAAUGCUAUUUUUAUAAUCCUCAGAGUCUUUAAAAUCACAUCAAACCUAAAGUAUGGCGACUAUACUUAUGGUGCAAGCGUAUUAACCAUGCUAACCUUUAGCAGAAUAAUGUAAGCAGUACAGAGAGAUCUGGGCUGGAUUAACGGCUCAUGAAUCUCAUCAGUAUGGCGACUCUGUCAGAAUAUCACAGUAGCUAAUCUGUUAUCAUGAUACUUGAUUACAGAUCAUGAUAUUUACUUCUGUAGGUUUGCUAACAGGCAAUGCAUCCGAGAAAAGGGCUUAAAACAAAAGGGCAGGAACCAAUAAUGCCAAGUAAGUUAAGGGAUUUGGUACAAAAAAAUAUAUAUUUUUAUGACUUUUUACAGUUUAUGUCCUGAUUUGCUGACAAGUAUUUCAUUUUUUCUGUUAUUCUAACACAGUUAGCAUCAUGCCAUUCAAACCAAUGGGAUGAGGUGGCACAGCCCGCUAGCAUGUGAAAUAACGUCUCCCUCCGUGUACCGAAAACGGUUAAACUCAAUAAAAAAAUCAAUAAUAAUUUAUUUACAUUUGUAAAUAACUCAAUGAAUGCCGCAAUGAAUGCUGGGAUUGCCUCGGCCGCUAAGGCAGCAAUCGGAUGCUCACUCGUUCUUGAGUCAAAAUAACAUUGAAAUUUUAAGAUACCUCAGUAGGGAGCAUAUUAAGGCAUCUAGGAUUUCGAAACAGCCUCCUUCUCAGGAGCGCGCGUAGGAUGAUGUAAAAUGCUGUCUGUGUAGAGAGAGAACUAGGUUUUCGAACACACCCUAUGUGUAUAAUUCCCAGUGUGGCAGAAUACUUUAAGUAAUAUCCAGUACUUAUCACAAUGUAUUUUUCUUUUUGGUUGAAAUAUGUUCGCCCAGUUAAAGGCUAAUGAAUUCAGUGCCUUCGAAAAAGCCAUGGAUUGGCACCCAGGUGGUGCAGCGGGAUAUUCCGCUAGCACACCAGGGCCGAGAUUACGAACCGAGAUUAUGAACUCCUCGCUGAGAUUAUGAACUUCUCGGCUCUGCCACCGGUCGGCUGGGCUUCAUCUAGCGGGCACGAUUGGCAGGGCGGGAUGUCUGGACUAACACUGUGUAAGGACCCUGGUUAGCAGAUAGAGAGGCGCCUGUGCAGAAAGCAUGGGUGAAAAAAAGGGGUCUGCUAGGACUGCGCACGAGUUAGAGGAGGUGUGAGCAGUAAUAUACCCACCUCGACUGCAAUCAGGGAUCCCCAGCAGUGGAAGAUAUAUUGACUACACUAAAUUGGGAGAAAAAGGGACAAAAUGCAUAAAUAAAUAUAAAAAAAGCCAUGGACUUUUACUGCUGCACUGGUAAUCGUAUUUUAACUGUGAUCACCGUUUUCACCUUCCUCAUAUUAAUAUAUUCAUCCUAGCCAUGAACAUCCUAGACUUGAGCUGUAGUUUCCUUUUAUCAAGGCAGUAAAAGACAUGAAAUAGGGAACAAGCAAUAUAUGAUGCUUUUAUUUUCUACGUUGUGGGAUUUUAACAGUGUUGUAAGACUAAAGCUUUUAAAACUGUGUGUUCAGUGACUUCAGAUUUGUGUGGCUGAAUUGUACUGCAGAAGAUACGAUGAGCGAUACAGCGAAGAUGUUAUUUUAAUGAUGUACAUUAUGCAUAAAUGUAGUUUCCGAGGUUUGCUAGCAGGUUAGAAUAGAUCAGUAACCAGUAAUCAUUUUCUGUGCGUACCAAGUACCAAGUAAAAACCAGUUGCUCAUUACAUGCUUUACAAUUGCUCUAAAUAGAGCAGCACAAUAAAAUGGAUUUGAUUAGUCAUCAAAAUUAUUGAAAGAUAUGUAAAUAUGUAUAAAUACAUAUAUGAAUUAAAAUGAGCCCUCCCCUUCCCAAAUCUAGUCAUUUCUAGUUAUUGAUUUGUUACCUUACUGCUGCUCGCACUACUUACUAUCUGGCCAGGGAAAGCUGUAGACCAUCACACCCAGUGACCAAUGUUGGGUUUCCACACACAGCUAUGUAGUGUACGGAGAGUCACACUAUACUCCUUGUGACUCCAAUACCCUGCCCCAAGUGGGCAGCACGGUGGCUAAGUGGGUAGCACUCUCGUCUCACAGCAAGAAGGUCCUGGGUUCGAUCCCCGGGUGGGGCAGUCUGGGUCUUUACUGUGUGGAGUUUGCAUGUUCUCCCCGUGUCCGCGUGGGUUUCCUUCGGGUGCUCCGUUGUCCUCCCACAGUCCAAAGUCGUGCAAGUGAGGUGAACUGGAGACACUGAAUUGACCCAAGACUGAUGAAUCUUGUGUAAUGAGUGACUACCGUUUCUGUCAUGAAAUGUAACGUUAAAAUCCUAAUAAACAAACAAACAAACAAACCCUUGUACCUGGACCAGUACCGAAGAUCAUGUAUCGCAGUGGGGAGAGACCACACUCGCCCUUCCCUCUCAAUUCUGGCUCGGUGGCUCUGCUGAGAGAACAGCCUCCGCAGUGGUGUGCUAGUGUAUUAGACCAUCUCACCACCUGAGCACCCACUUAUUCUUAUUUUCGAUUUGGAAAUGUCCUGAAACACAAUACCCCCCUGAGUCAGUACCAGCCCUGACAUGUUCUACAGAGGGACUCAGCAGUUACUGUAGAAUUAAACUCCCACAUACAUGAUCAUUCCUGAUAAAAUGAGCACACUGGGGUUCUUACACUCUCGAUGCAGGCCGCACAUGUAGCUACAGACUCAGCAGGGACUGUUAAUGUACCAGACACACUGUGAUUCAGUGAUUCUGACAUUUUUGAUGUGGCUGAUGUGUGUAGCAAUGAGAGAUGUGUUUUUAUAAAUGGAUUGAUGGGAAAGAGAUGUUCAAUUCUACUGUUGUUGUUGGGAUGUCCUGAUUCAGUUUGUUUCAGUUUUGAUUAGCUGUUUGAGCUUUGCAUAUCACCUUACAGUCAGUACUGAUAUACUGAUAUGAUAUUAGAGCAGCAGUCGACACUGCACACGAUCACUUUUAGGAUCAUUUCUUGUGUAACUCAAAGAUAAAGGAUUAAGAACAUACUUUCUUUUCUCUCCAACACCCAAAACAUGCCAGUGUGUAAUAUGUCAACUCUAUAAUGGGGCGGCACGGGGGCUAAGUGGGUAGCACUGUCGCCUCACAGCAAGAAGGUCCUGGGUUCGAUCCCCAGGUGGGGCGGUCCAGGUCCUUUCUGUGUGGAGUUUUGUGUGCAUGUUCUCCCCGUGUCCGUGUGGGUUUCCUCCAGGUGCUCCGGUUUCCUCCCACAGUCCAAAGACGUGCUAGUGAGGUGAAUUGGAGAUACUAAAUUGUCCAUGACUGUGUUCAAUAUUACCUUGUGUACUGAUGAAUCCUGUGUAAUGAGUAACUACCGUUCCUGUCAUGAAUGUAACCAUUCCUAAUAAACAAUUAAACAGCUCUGUAAUGCCUUUGAGUCUAAGUAAUGAAUGAUCUGAGAUCAGUACCAGUCCAGCGUUUUAGACCAGUGUCUGCCUUAUUACGCUUUACACAUGUUCAGUCUUGGUUGGUCCAUUUGAUUGAUACGAGUGUCUUUAUUAAACGUUAAUGUUGAUUCAUUCUUCUUCGUAUAGAAUGUUAGCUGUCGGUUGCCAUUUGUUGGACAGUCGCAAUGACUCACCAUUUAACAUCGUUUUAUUUUCACCCUGGAGCAGAGAUCCUGCAGUAUUAACGUAACUGAUGUUUCACUGAUGUUCUGGCCUUAGACGUGUGUAUGUAAGAUUUGUUGUUCUCUGCCGUUUCGUUUGAGGGACGUCAGUUCCUGAUGUCACCCGGUAGCGAUCUGUACAUUCCAGACAAUGUAGUUCUUUUCUACAGACGACCGUUUAUACAUAUUUAAGAUUCCUAUGGAUGAUAUGUAAAGUAUUCUACCUCUGAAAUAUACAGUUCAUGGCUGUACAAUUCUUGCAUUUAAAGGAUAUAUUUUUGGAACGAUUGCUUAUAUAGAUUAUAUGUAUUAAAAACAUCUGUCGCUGUGUGUACUGCUAACAGGAAGGAACACAAUAAAUCAAUCUGACACUUCA